CCUCAGAUUGACAACGAAGCCAUCCCAUGCUAUGCUCCUCAACCCUGGGCUUCUAUUUCCGUUGCCGCCGUUACUCUUCUGCGCUCGCGCCUCUGCCGUCUAAACUCUGCCUCACCCUCAGGUUCUUCUCUUCCGCUUCGUCACCACUUCCGCCGUCGCUCAUGGUGGAGGUUCCUGCUCAGAAGGCCCAGCCUUCUGCCGCUUCCCCUAAGGACGAAGCUUAUCUUCAGACCGUCAUUUCCAAGCGCGUUGCCCUCUUCGAAUCCCUCAAGGCGCAGCAAAUCGCCCAUCGCCAAAGCAUCGGCGGCGAUCUAAUCAAGAUUACUUUGCCGGAUGGAACAGUGAAGGAAGGGAAGAAGUGGAUAUCGUCGCCUUUCGACAUUGCCAGAGAGAUAUCGAAAAGUUUAGCUUCCAACGCUCUUAUUUCGCAGGUAAAUGGGAUUCUCUGGGACAUGUCGAGGCCACUGGAGAGCGACUGUGAGCUUAAGCUCUUUACAUUUGACAGUGACGAAGGCCGCGAUACCUUUUGGCAUUCAAGCGCGCACAUACUUGGACAGUCUCUUGAGCAAGAGUAUGGAUGCCGGCUCUGCAUUGGGCCUUGUACGACUAGAGGGGAGGGUUUCUAUUAUGAUGCAUUUUAUGGUGAUCUAGGCUUGAAUGAGGAUCACUUCAAAAAAAUUGAAUCAGGGGCACAGAAAGCCGCUGCGGAAAAACAACCCUUUGAGCGGAUUGAAGUAACAAGGGAGCAGGCUCUUGACAUGUUUUCUGAUAAUAGUUUCAAGAUUGAAAUCAUCACCGAUUUGCCUGAAGACAAAACUAUUACAGUGUAUAGAUGUGGUCCCCUGGUUGAUUUGUGUCGUGGACCCCAUAUACCAAAUACGUCUUUUGUUAAAGCAUUUGCUUGUUUAAAGGCUUCAUCAGCUUACUGGAGGGGCAAUAAAGAUCGUGAAAGUUUACAAAGAGUUUAUGGCAUAUCUUAUCCUGAUUCAAAACGCUUGAAGGAAUAUAUAACUCAGCUGGAAGAAGCCAAGAAAUAUGACCACCGAUUAUUGGGGACAAAGCAGGAGCUUUUCUUUUGUCACCCACUUAGUCCAGGAAGUUGGUUUUUCCUUCCACAUGGAACUCGAAUUUACAACAAGUUAAUGGAGUUUAUACGGAAACAGUACUGGGAGCGAGGUUACCAAGAGGUUUUGACACCAAAUAUGUAUAACAUGCAACUCUGGGAAACAUCUGGUCAUGCUGCAAAUUACAAGGAAAAUAUGUUUGUAUUUGAGGUUGAAAAACAAGAGUUUGGACUUAAACCAAUGAACUGCCCUGGGCACUGUUUGAUGUUUGAACAUAGAGUUCGUUCAUAUAGAGAACUUCCUCUUCGCCUGGCUGAUUUUGGGGUCUUGCAUCGAAAUGAGGCAAGCGGUGCUCUUACAGGAUUAACUCGUGUCAGGAGAUUUCAGCAGGAUGAUGCUCAUAUUUUCUGCAGGGAGUCCCAGAUAAAAGAUGAAGUUAAGGGUGUCCUUGAAUUCAUCAAUUGCGUCUAUGGUAUAUUUGGGUUCACUUUUGAGCUGAAGCUUUCAACGAGGCCAGAGAAAUACCUCGGGGAUUUAGCAACAUGGGAAAAAGCUGAGGUUGCACUUGCUGAAGCAUUAAAUGAGUUUGGAAAGCCAUGGCAGGUGGAUGAAGGUGAUGGUGCAUUUUAUGGCCCAAAGAUAGAUAUCAGUGUUUCUGACGCAUUAAAGAGAAAGUUCCAGUGUGCGACAUUGCAGCUGGAUUUUCAGCUUCCUUCUCGUUUCAAUCUCUCUUACUCAGCAGAGGAUGAAGCUAAGAGGGAGAGACCUGUCAUGAUACAUCGAGCCAUAUUAGGUUCUGUUGAGCGCAUGUUUGCAAUACUUUUGGAACAUUACAAGGGAAAAUGGCCUUUCUGGCUUAGUCCACGGCAAGCAAUUGUUUGCCCCGUGUCAGAGAAGUCUCAGUCAUAUGCUAUGCAGGUACGGGACCAGAUUCAUGAAGCUGGUUAUCAUGUUGAUGUGGAUACAACUGAUAGAAAGAUCCAGAAAAAGGUGCGGGAAGCUCAAUUGGCACAGUACAAUUAUAUAUUGGUUGUUGGUGAGGAGGAGGCCAACACUGGACAGGUGAGUGUGCGAGUGAGAGAUAAGGCGGACCAUUCAGUUAUGAGCAUUGAGAGCCUACUGACACACUUCAAGAAUGAAGUUGCAGCUUUUCAUUAAGUUUUGCCAUGAUGAUGAGAUGGGUAGGGAGAGUGGAUAAAAUUUUGGGGAAUUUGGAUGUCAGGUGGAUUUGUUUUGCUUUCCUAUUUAAACAAGUAGCUUAUAUUUUAAUUUUGCUCAUUUGUCUGAACGGAUGUCCAUUUUCUUUUUAGAACUUGGAAGCUAACAGGAGGGCUACUGGGUUCAUCUGUACAAGUUAUAAUCAUAUUCUACGUGUAAUAUUCAGAAUAUGUCGGGAUUUACUAGUUUACCAAGAUGUAAUUCGAGCAGAAAAAGCAAGCUUGUAAACUGCUCGCCGUUCAACUUGGAUCCCAUGCUCUUCUCUCUGCACCCGACUUGUUAAGGAUGUGUUUUGGCCCCUUUGGGUAUUGCACUCA